CUAGUCUCUCUAUAUAUACACACCUAUCCCUUUUACCACUUUCUAUAAUAACCUCAUCACUUUACUUCUUCUUCUUCUUCUUCUUUAACAAUUAUUUAUUUUCUCACUUUCCAAACAGAAAAUAUGGAAUUCAAACCCAAAGCUCAAACGCCGCCAAGACUAACCGUUCCUACUGCAUUUUCAUCAUCACUACCACUACAACAAUACUCUCCCAACAAUUCUUCCUCUUCUUCUCCGACUCUCAAUAAUUCAUCAUCUCAGUUAUCUUCUCCACCCUCCUCUCAAUCUUCUCCCACCAGUACUAGUAAUAAUGUUAGUCCAACUCCUCCUCCGCCACCGCCUCCACCACCAGCUAUCGUCAUGAGCCCCUGCGCUGCCUGCAAAAUCCUUCGCCGCCGAUGUGUCGACAAGUGCGUUUUAGCGCCGUAUUUCCCGCCAACCGAACCUAUUAAGUUCACCAUUGCUCAUAGAGUCUUUGGCGCUAGCAAUAUCAUCAAGUUCUUGCAGGAAAUUCCAGAAAGUCAGAGAGCUGAUGCAGUGAGUAGCAUGGUUUACGAAGCAAAUGCAAGAAUAAGAGACCCAGUGUACGGAUGUGCUGGGGCUAUAUGUCAGCUGCAAAAACAAGUGAGUGAGUUGCAGGGACAACUGGCUAAGGCACAGGCUGAACUCGUGAAUAUGCAAUGCCAACAGGCCAAUUUAAUUGCUCUAAUUUGCAUGGACGUCACACACUUGCAAGACCCCCCAAAUUCCCAGCAACAGCCCCCAUACGUUGACACUGCUUGUUUUCUAGAUGACACCACUUUGGGCACCACUUGGGAGCCUCUUUGGACUUGAUCAAACUUCACCAUCAUCAUAUAUGAUCAUCUCUUAUCUCAGUGUUUAAUUAAUAAAUUAAUUAAUUAAUUAAACUUAAUUAAUAAUACUAGUAAUAUAUAUAAAUAUAUUUAUAUUAA